UAAUAUUCUAAGUCUCUGUAACCUCCUGCGCGCUCCUUGCUCCACCCCGUGUGUUUCGCGUGGCCAGCUCUCUUUGUCCGGAACUAUUGGCGUGCUCGCGCAGUCCUGACUAGUGAGAUCUCGCCGCGCGCACAAGCGACUACUCGAUUUUGCACACUGCGUCCCGACUGCUCACCAGCGCGACAGGGGAAAACUUUCUUAAAACUUUUUAUCGCAAUUUUCUCGCGUCUCCUCCUUCAGAGCAAACUGCUUCGCGGAUCUCUUCAACCGAAGAAACUGGUUAAGAAGUACCUUACCUUUACAACAUUGAAUGUGUGCGCGUGCAUAGACCUGGACGCAGCGCAGGUUUGCUUUUGUUUUUCGUUCCAAAAAAUUGCAACGAAGAGCGUAAAGUCUUGAGUAGGCUACUUUAAUGUUUGUUGUUGCUUUUGGUCGCUUUUUAUUUGUUAUACUCUGCGGGAUUGUUGCGUUCGCUGUUUUUUCAGAGGCCCGGGUUUUAUUGCUAGAGAAAAUCCAGUUCGCGAGAUCCGAGCGGUUAAAAGAAGUUGACUAGAAACGCCGCAUCCUCAUGAGGAAAUCCGAAGUGCGAGUCGAAGAGAUUUCGUGACUUAACUUUUUUGUUAUCUUUCACUUUUUGCUGUUGCGGCUCGAUUGCUCAAGCAGUUCGCGAUGAAGAUGUUCGUUGUAUUUACUGUAUGUAUGUCGCUGGUGGUUUUGGCGUCGGCUCAAGCUGAUCAGAAGGCAAAGAACUGCAAUGAAGUCAGAACUGCCUACAGUUCAAAAGGAUUCAACGUCAACGACGUUCCCAACAAAGGAGUGCAUGGAAAUCAUCUGAAGGUGUGUCCUCAAGGUUUCUCCUGCUGUACUCUGGAGAUGGAGGAGAAACUGAGUCAGCAGAGCCGCACGGACCUGAAAGCCCCCGUUCAUCAGCUCAGCUCCAACCUGCAAAACACCUUCACCCAGAGAACCCGUCAUUUUGAUCAGUUUUUCAUAUUUAUGUUGAGCAAUGCAGAGAAAUCUCUCAAUGACAUGUUCGUGCGGACCUAUGGCUUGAUGUAUGUGAAGAACGCCGAGCUCUUCAAGCAUUUCUUCAGUGAGCUACGCCGCUACUACAGUCAUGGGAGCAACGCCGUCAACCUGGACGACAUGCUAGCAGACUUCUGGACAGACCUCCUGGAGCGCAUGUUCCGAUUGGUCAAUGUGCAGCAUGAGUUCAGCGACUCGUACAUGGAGUGUGUCAGUAGGCACAUGGAGCAGCUCAAACCCUUUGGCGAUGUUCCACGCAAGCUGCGCCUGCAGUUGACCCGGUCCUUCAUCGCAGUUCGCACGUUCACCCACGGCCUGGCGCUCAUGCCUGAGGUAGUGGGCAAAGUCUCCACGGUUAGUUCCUCUCCGAGUUGUGUGCGUGCGGCUAUGAAGAUGUUAUACUGCCCGUACUGUUCCGGCCAGGUGGCUCUGAAGCCCUGCAAGAACUACUGUCUCAACGUCAUGCGAGGCUGCCUGGCCAAUCAGGCCGAUCUGGACACAGAGUGGAAUAACUUCCUUGAUGCCAUGUUGGGUCUCGCUGAGAGGCUGGAGGGACCCUUUAACUUUGAGUCAGUCAUGGAUCCCAUAGACGUGAAGAUCUCAGACGCCAUCAUGAACAUGCAGGAAAACAGCAUACAGGUCUCAAUGAAGGUGUUUCAGGGAUGUGGGCAGCCCAAGCUCAACGCGGCAUUCCGCACCCGGCGCUCUCCUAAAGACUCAGGCUUCCCCGGGCGUUUCCGACCCUACAGUCCUGAUGCCAGACCCACCACUGCUGCUGGCACCAGCCUGGACCGAUUGUUAACAGAUGUAAAGAAGAAACUGAAGCACGCCAAGAAGUUCUGGUCCACACUGCCGGACACUGUGUGUGUUGGAGAACGGAUUGCCAUCGGCGAUGAAUGCUGGAAUGGUACAGCCAAAAGCAGGUACGAAUCUGUCGUCAUAGGCAAUGGUUUGGCCAAUCAGGUGUCUAAUCCAGAUGUGGAAGUGGACAUCACUAAACCAGACAUGGUGAUUCGGCGGCAGAUAGCAGUGCUGAAGGAAAUGACCAGCCGGCUUAAGGCUGCUUACAUUGGCACCGACAUCUCAUUUGUCAAUGAGGAUGCCGGCAGUGGAGAGGAAAGCGGAAGUGGCUGUGACUCGCCCCCUUGUGACAGUGACGGGGACAUCUACUUCUCCACCCCAGCGCCCGCUAAACCUCGCGUUAUCAAGAUUCAAGCUGACAAACAGCCCUCUAGUGGUACACGGUUGGCACCUUUCAGCCUGGCACUGGCUGUGACAGCGCUUCUGCUCGCCCUGCUCACCCCACACAUGAGAUAAGACCGGCCCAGAGAGGAAGAGGACAUGUGUUUGUGCGAAUUUGAACAAGAGAGCAGAAAACUGCCAUAGGACAUUAAAGACACUGCUUUCAGGAUCUCCGUCUGCCUGCCAUCUGGGGAAGACACUCAAGUUAUUAAUAUUUAAAUAACUUCCCUUCGGUGUAUUUUUUGUGUUUAUAAGAACAGACUUCAUUUAUGUACAGCUGUGUGUUUCCACGCCACAUUUCACAUCGGCUGGGUUUUAUUCCUCCGUGUCUAGUGUCCAGAAUCGUUGACGACUCAUCAUGAUUUUUUCGGUUAUGGUUUAAAUAAGUGUUAGUUUGAAAGCAAGUCAGAUUGAGUGUGUGUUUGGGUGGAUGAGUAUACAAUUGGCUGUAUAUAUCAUCAGAGCGCUUUUUAUAAAACGUAAACAAUUAAUCAACCGAUAUAACACGUAUGAUUUAAGCAAAUCUGUAUGAAAUAAUCUGAUUAUUUUAAUGCAUUUUGAGCAUGUGUGUUGGUGUGCAUGGAGGCUUUGGUUGGCUGCGGAUCAUAUACAUGUUCCUGAAUGUCAGGAUGAUAAAAACUUCACGAUGCCUUAAAUACUUCAUAAAUGAGCCCUUCGUCUGGGUUGCAACUGACAGAAAUGUAUACAAUGCUGCCUUUUGAGUGAAAUCAAAACUAGAGGAUUCCAGACACAAAGCAUUUUUUUUCUGUAUGUUUCCAACUUUCACAGUCCCUGUAUCAUCAUCCCAAAUAUUUUCAGCAGUAUAAUAUAUAACUUGAGAAUAUAGUCUUCAGUAAUAACUUAAUAGUGUGUGAUGAUGGAGGAGCUUUGGUUAGGUAAGGUCUGUCUGAGAGUUGAUUCUUUGAAUAGGCCUGAUGGUUCUCUCAAAGAUGAUCAUGUAUUCUGCAUGAUGUGGACUGUGUGGCCUGAGUAAAGACAUUUCCAGGAGAACCAGCUGGAUACGAGUGAAUGCUGAAGAUGGCUUAAGGCUGAGCUUUCCGGAGGAAUUUUACACAGGGUUUUAUGUGGAUGUGUUUAUUUUGCUUGAAGUGUAUUGUAAGGUAUAAAGCUGUAUGAUAGGUACUGCAGCAGAUUUCACUACACGGUGACAGACAGUGCUGAUUUGAGAGGUUGGGUGGCCUCUUUUAGUUUUGUUUCUUUAAUUUCUGUUUGUAACAUAAUAUGUCCAGCCUUUUCCCCUCACCCGAUUGAUAUCCAUAGAAAUCGGUACACAUUUUAAAACCAUUCCUCAUGUAGAGCAAUAGAUAGUGUGUGUGGUACGUUACAACACCAGUUUCAAAAGUUGCUAUGCAUGCGGGUUCCCAUUCACAUGGCUGACAAGUGCUUGUUGGUUGGUUUAAAAGAAACUCUCUCGGUUUCAAGGGCUUUCCAUCCUCCUCUCAGAAAAACUUGCUCCCCUCGCUCUUGUACAGUAAGUUAUUUAACCACGUCUCUUUGAAAGGCAUUCGCAAGCAUCGCUUUCCUAGGUAUCUUAAUUUCAGUAUUCAAAAUAUUUAUGUCUGUUGAUGAAUGCGUUCUAAUGAAUUCACAGUUUAAGUGAUGGUUUUAUUCCGGCUUCAGAUUUCAUGUUGCAUAAUAUUUCGAUUUUGUAAACCGAUCUACCGUAAGCAUUUGUUUUGUCGUUACGGUUUUAUGUAAGGGGAUUGUGAAAAUUGUACAAGCUGAUGCAAGGACAGGGCUGGCCAUCGGUCCUUGAUAUUUCCUGAUGUCACAUGCACUUUUAAUUGGCGUUCAGAUACCUCACGGCAAGAGAGUUUUAAAUGAUGCUUUUAAUCGUAUCUGCAACAUGCAUACUUUUUACGCUUAUUUUUAUUCAUUUGAGGUUCAUUCAGUAUCUAUGGAUGAAUGGCCAAUACUCAGACAUGUAAAGAAUCAUUAGGAUUUCAUGAGCCUGAAAUGAGUAGAUCUCUACAGCAGCACCUCAGAUUGCUUAUGUAUUUUUCUAGUCUGAUGUGCUGCCAUGAAUAGAAAGCAGUAUGUGUUUUCUAUAGUUUUGACCCAAAGCUUCCCACUGCUGUUAAGAUGGCUCUGAUGUAAUGACCAGGAAAGGAGGAAGUGUCUUGUGCUUAGUAUGUCAAGCUACUCCGAGUCAGCGUGAAGAUGACAUGGACUCUUGAAUGGACCUCUGCAAUGUCAUCUUUAGAUUGAUCGCUGACCUUCAGGUGGACCGAUCGCAGGGCCUGCAGCCCUGUACAUCAUUGGAGUCAUCUGCGAUGAGGAGUGAGAGAGACUGAAGAAAGAAAAGAAAACUAAUUGUAAAUAAUGUGCAGUCGCUUUAGUGGUCUCUGAGAGAUGUUCGUCAGAUUUUACCCAUUCAGAGUAUGUGCUUAAUAUGGGCGGAAAAAAAAGAGAUAGAUGCUAAAAAUGUAAGAGAAAAGUUAUAUUAAACAUUUCUUAGUCUUGUUGAAAUAAAGACUGCAGAUAUUUAAA